CAGGAGGGAGUCACAGUUCUCUAUUCUCUGAAGUGGGUACAGCAGGUGGGAGCUGUGUUGACUGCCACUGCCUUCUCCUUCCUCCUCAGCGAUGUCUGUGAAGAUGGCUCUGCAGAUCCCGAGAGGCCUUGGUCCAGCCAUGGUGACAGUGGUGCUGAUGGUGCUGAGCUGGCCCCUGGCUGAGGGCGAAGACUCCCCAGAGGACUUCCUGUUCCAGUUUAAGCCCUACUGUUACUACACCAACGGGACGCAGCAGGUGCGGCUGGUGACCAGGUACAUCUACAACCAGGAGGAGUACGUGCGCUUCGACAGCGCGGUGGGCGAGUACCGCGCGGUGACCGAGCUGGGGCGGCCGGACGCCGAGUACUUCAACAGACAAAAGGACGUCCUGGAGGGGACGCGCGCCGAGCUGGACACCGUGUGCAGACACAACUACGAGGCGAGCAUACCUCAGCUGACCCGGCGGUGGCGAGUGGAGCCCAAGGUGACCAUCUCUCCAUCCAGGACAGAGGCCCUGAACCACCACAACCUGCUGGUCUGCUCAGUGUCAGAUUUCUAUCCAGGCCAGAUCAAAGUCCAGUGGUUUCGGAAUGGCCAGGAGGAGACAACUGGCAUUGUGUCCACCCCUCUUAUUAGAAAUGGGGACUGGACCUUCCAGAUGCUGGUGAUGCUGGAGAUGACCCCCCAGCGUGGAGACAUCUACACUUGCCGAGUGGAGCACCCCAGCCUCCAGAGUCCCAUCACGGUGGAGUGGAGGGCACAGUCUGAAUCUGCACAGAGCAAGAUGCUGAGUGGCAUUGGGGGCCUUGUGCUGGGGCUGAUCUUCCUAGGGCUGGGCUUCUUCAUCCACCGCAGGAGUCAGAAAGGCACCCGUGGGCCUCCACCAGCAGGGCUCCUGCAGUGACUCCUGAGUGUAAUUGGCCGUCGCUCUUCUGUAAGGCCUGCCUAUCACAGCCUGGAGUUUCCACCUCUACUCAGUCUCCCUCUCCUAUGAUCGGAGUCCUACAGUGGCUCAGUGCAGCUCCAGUUCACCUCCUGUGACCCCUCUCCCACGAACUUCUGCCAGACCCCCUGAAAUCACUCUGGAGUCUCUACCUGUGUGUGACUGCAGCAUCUACUGAGAUCCAAAUGGCUUGUCUUUUUAUGUUCCCCCAGCAUAUAGAUCCAGAGAUGCUUUGAACCAUUUGUCUGAGUGUAGGUGUUUUUUAUGAUAAUUAAACCUGGUUCUGAGUGA